AUGCGGAUCGAAGAUUACAGACGGAGCUGCCACAACGUCCAACUUUGUUCGACACCUGAAGUUGCACAAAGAAAGAUAAGUUUUGAACGAAUGCUACGCACCUUAUCGGAUGUACCGUAACUUACUAGCUAGCUGCUGCAUAUUUACUGUAUCAACGAGACAAACGCACGUCUCCCUUGCUGGUUCAUGCUUACAAAAAUAUGGAUUUUUGAACUGCUAUUAUAUGGACAUUCUAAAACGCUUUCGUGAAAAACGCUUAACGUUCUUUAAUGUACUAAGACAGUGUUAUUAAAAGACCAAACUCUGUAAAUAUCAUAUUAAUAAAGUAUACUAUGUACAAAACAUCAGAUGAGCCCAGAAUAUGAACGCAAACACGUUUAAUAACACGUUGCGUUUUCCUCCCAUAGAAAACUAUUAUAAGAAAAGGCUUAACGUGUCUUAAUAUACUGAGACAGUAAUAUUAAAAGACCAAACUAUAAAUAUCAUAUUAAUAAAGUAUACUAAAUGUACAAAACAUCAGAUGAGGCCAGAAUAUGAACGCAAACACGUUUAACAACACGUUAAGUGUUUUCCUCCCAUAGAAAACCAUUAUAAGAAAAGGCUUAACAUGUCUUAUGUAGGCUACUAUGUAUUCUGGGCUCAUCUGAUGUUUUGUACAUAGUAUGCUUUAUUAAUAUGAUAUUUGCAGAGUUUGGUCUUAUAAUAUUACUGUCUUAGUAUAUUAAGCAUUAAGCAACGUUAAGCGUUUUUCACGUUAAGCGUUUUAGAAUUCAGUUUCAGAGUUGCUGGUGUGCUGCCUCAUUGAGGUCGUUUAUGUAAUUUUGGUUAAUCACAACUAAGCUGAACUGUCGCUGAAGACAAAAUAUCACAAUUAAACAAUGAAUGCACCCCCUUUCACAACUCGGAUGUAGUUGGUGCAUCCCUAAACCCAUCCAAGUACAACAGGAAACAUAGUAAGACGUAUACAUUGUAAAGAGGAAAAUGAUAACACAGUCACAGUAGAUCCACCAUUAGCCUUCCCUUUUCAUAUCAUGCCCAAACAGCAGACAGCGCAUGGACAGAGUGCUACCGUAGUCUACAGUAGGUCUGUGAGGCAGCGCACCACUGGGAUAUAUACAGUAUAUAAUAAAAUAAUAACGAUUAUAGUAGUAAUGUUCAGAGAUGCAAUAGAUUAUUAUAGUGCAGUUCUUAACUAAUGGGAAUAUUGUUUAGCUUAUUUUUGGUUUAAUUUGGUUUACUUUAGUUAUUUAAUUUAUUCAAUUAUUUUGUUUUUCUAUACUUUUCAUGCCAACUUGCCAUGGCCCCCCUAGAACCCCCUCGCGGCACCCAAGGGUCCCCGUCCCCACUUUGAAAACCACUGCUAUAAAGCAUAUGACUUCAGUUUCUUGAGGGAAAGGGCUUUCUUAUGAAUUUUGAAGCAGUGAAAAUAUUCUUAAUAUUGCAUACACUGACACUGAAAUGUAUUAUCGUAAACCGUAGUGUACAAUAGGCAAUGAAUAUUAACACAACAACAUUGAUAUGAGUAAAGAGUAGUUUCAAAUACAACAUGUGUGGCUGUAAAGGAUUUUCUGACAUCUGUUUCAUAUUCUUCUCUGUUACAGGUAUGAAGAAUACCAGAUGAACAAAAUCAUCGUAGAUGAACCACAACAGCCUUCAAUCUCACAAUUCCUUGACACUUGUGUAGGGCGUUACAGCCUGACCCACCCACAGCAGAAGGCCAUCUCCAAUGCGAUACUGUCUGACUUGAUUAUUGAUUGCAAUUUCCCUCUGUCUAUUGUGGAAAAUAAGAGCUUUCGUCACUUUCUGGCUGUGCUGGACAGCAAGUAUACCCCAGUAUGUCGCCGAACGCUGACCACAAAAACAGAGAGCCUUGCUGAGGAGAGACGGUCAAAGUUAAAAACUCAAUUGAGCAACACUGACCAUGUUUCAGUCACUGUGGACAUUUGGUCUGAUUGAAAGAUGAGGGGAUUCCUUGGUGUCACUGUGCACUGGAUGGAGCGAGAUGCAGAGUGGGUACAGCUAAAGACUAAUCUCUUGGCCUGCAACCGCUUCAAAGGCUCUCACACAGCAGAGCGAAUCUGUGACCAAUUUGAGGCAAUAUGUGAUGAAUACAACAUCAAAGCUAAAUUGGACUAUAUAAUUAGUGACAAUGCUGCUAACAUGCGCAAGGCAUUUACAGUCUGCUUCCCCAGCGAACAGGAGGAAGAUGAAGAUGCUGGAGAUAAUCUUGAUGAUCCUGAGCUAUGGCAUGACUUAACCCAAGAAGACCAGCAAACCGUCGAUGCUGCUAUGGCAAAGAAACAGCGCCUGCAGUGUUUUGCACACACAUUGCAGCUGGUUGUGGGAGACGGUUUGAAAGAAACAAAAGCGGCAUGUCCUUCUCUCUCCAAGUUAUCAAAACUUAGCUCCCUGCUCCACACAAGCACAACGUUUAAAGACAUCUUCGAUGGUGAAUUUGGGGAGCACAGAGGCAUCCCUGCUGCAGUGAGCACGAGGUGGAAUUCCACACUGCGGCAGGUAAAAGCAGUCCUUCAUUGUGAUCAGCAAAAGCUCUGCGCAGUUCUUGAGAAGGCCGGGCAUAAAGAACUGUCAUUCACACCACGAGAGUGGAAUCUGCUGAAGGAGUUGGUGGACAUCUUAAAACCGUUCGGAGAAGCAACUGAUUUGACACAGGGGGAGAAAGUCAUUACAAUCAGUGCAGUUGUUCCAUCCAUCUUGUCCCUCAAUCACCAUCUUGAGAAGCUGAAGCCUCAAGUUCGUUUCCUGAGUGGCCUGGUCAGAGGUCUGCAGGCAUCCCUGAAAAAAAAGAUUUCUUGGGAUCUUCAUUAA